AUGAUGACAGAUGUUGCCAAAGACAGAGAAACCCGUUCAUCAAAGAAAAGAGGCAGUGAGUCUUCUCUAAGUAGUCAUGAAUUCCAGCAGAAGGAACUUCAUGGACACACCAAAAACUCCUUGAGUACCGUGUCUUAUAUGGAUGAACCUAGCCAGCGUGAUGAUGCCUCUCGCCUUACAGUCCAGAUGGAAAACACCUAUCAGUUAGGUCCUACAAAACAUUUUCCUGUGGUUACUGUUGAUCAUAUUUUGAAAGAUGUGUUAACUAACUAUCUGCAAGAAGAAGAGUAUGAGCCAGAGCUCUGUAGACAGAUGACUAAAACAAUUUCUGAGGUUAUUAAAGCCCAGAUCAAGGAUUUGAUGCUUCCUCGGUAUAAGCUAAUUGUGAUUAUUCACAUCGGACAACUGAACAGUCAGAGUAUACAUAUUGGAAGCAGAUGCCUCUGGGAUCCUACAAGUGAUACUUUUUCAUCUUAUGUUUUCAGAAAUUCUUCUCUCUUUGCUCUUGCAAAUGUCUAUGCAGUUUACUUUGAGUGA